UAAUAAUUGUUUUAACGCAAGAAAAUGAUAUUAUUUAUUUUUUCUAACACAAGAAAAGGAUACUAUUUUGAUUAAUAAUAAGCAGAAAUUUUAAACAUGUAGAACCCCCUCCAGAAAAAUAAACAAGGGAGACAGAAUGAACAAGGCCCAAAAUUAAAAUAAACCAAAAAAGGGGGGAAAAGAAGGUAGUAGGCGAAACUAAUGAAUUAAAACAAAAAAAAAAAAAAAAAGGUGUAUUGAGUAUUAGGGGGAAACGGAAAAGGGAAGUGGCUUCCCUCCACAUCUAUAUCCGAACCAAAUUCCCUCCUUCACUCCCUUCCCUCGUUUUCUCUCUCUCUCUUUCUCUUUCCUCCCUUUUCCCACCACCACCGCUUCCUCCGCCGCCACCUCCGCCCUUCUCCCGCCCUUCAGAUCUCUUCUUCCUUCCCUCCGAUCUUCUCCACCUUCUUAUCUCACUAUUUCCUCUCUAUAUUUCAUUAAUUCUAUCUCAAAUUAAAACCCUCGCAAUUCCCUCUUCCCCUAAAAACCCUGAGCUUGAAGCUUCGAUCGCUUCCAAAUAGUUGCGAUGUCGACGCCUAAAGCUACCAACCACCAAUCGCAGCAACAGCAGCCGCAGCCUCUUAAGCGACAGCUUCCCUUUACAUCGAUGAAGCCGCCGUUUGUUCCACCGCCGGGAGACUACCACCGUUUCUCCGACAAUCGUGCUCCUCUUCCUCCCGACACCGAAACUAUUGUCGUCAAGACUCCUCCGAUGAAGCGGAAGAGUGAUACAGCUGAAUAUGAUGCCGAGUCUAGUGAUUGGACGACCAGUCCGGGAUACACUGAUGUAGUUAGUAGCCCUCUCCAGACACCUGUAUCUGGAAAGGCUGGCAAGGGACGAGGAUCAAGGAUUAGCAAGUGCAAUAGAGCUGGGCCUCAGACUCCCAUGUCAAAUAUUGGUUCCCCAGGCAAUAAUUUAACUCCAGUUGGUCCUUGCCGCUACGAUAGCUCACUUGGACUUUUGACGAAGAAGUUCAUCAAUUUAAUCAAACACGCAGAAGAUGGUAUUCUCGAUUUAAAUAAAGCCGCUGAUACUUUAGAGGUCCAAAAGAGGCGUAUCUAUGAUAUUACCAAUGUUCUAGAGGGCAUUGGUCUCAUAGAAAAAAAGCUGAAGAAUAGGAUACAAUGGAAGGGACUUGAUGUCUCAAGGCCGGGUGAGGUCGAUGAUAGUGUCACUAGUCUACAGGCAGAUGUUGAAAACCUUUCUAUGGAAGAACGAAGAUUGGAUGAACAAAUAAGAGAAAUGCAAGAAAGAUUGAGGGAAAUGAGUGAAGACGAAAACAAUCAGAAGUGGCUUUUUGUAACGGAGGAGGACAUAAAGGGCUUACCCUGUUUUCAGAGUGAAACCCUGAUUGCAAUCAAAGCUCCGCAUGGCACAACUUUGGAGGUUCCAGAUCCAGAUGAGGCUGUUGAUUAUCAACAAAGAAGAUACAGAAUAGUUCUUAGGAGCACAAUGGGCCCUAUUGAUGUUUAUCUUGUCAGUCAAUUUGAAGAGAAGUUUGAGGAGAUCAGUGGUGCUGAGCCUCAACCAAGUAUGCCAAGUACCUCAGGUUGUGACGAAGGCACAACAGCUGCAGCCAAGGAAGAAAGCAGAGACGAUGAGACUGAAAUGCAAGGACAAGAAACACACAGAAUCUGUUCGGAUGCCAAUGAUCAGCAGGACUUCGUGAGUGGAAUCAUGAAGAUAGUACCUGAAGUUGAUAGUGAUGCAGAUUACUGGUUACUGUCGGAUGGUGAUGUCAGCAUUACUGAUAUGUGGAGAACAGACUCUGGAGUUGAAUGGAAUGAUCUAGGGACCAUCCACGAAGACUAUGCUGUGGCCAAUGUUGGCACACCACAACCACAAAGCCCACCUCCAAGUGCUACAGAAGUUCUACCUAAUAACAUGACAGGGAGGUGAUUAACAUAAAGUUCUGAGGGAUUUGCCAAUGUUCUCGAUCUUGAUUGCUUAUGCUGGAACUGAACUGAGCUUCCUUAUUUCUCUGAUUCAGCCUGAGAAUUGGGUAUAAAAUGGCUUCAAGGAUGCUGCUAGAUCAUGUGCAAUACUGUUCAGUGCAUAAAGUGAGUUGACAGGGAGAGAUUGUUCCUGAUCUGUUGUACAGCCAGGCGGUAGAGAUUACUGCUUAACAGCGAAUGAAACUGGGGCAUCUUUAGCUGUUAGUCUGUAGCUGUAGCUUGUAAAUUACUUUGUUGGUUUAGUGAACAGAGUAAGUAGCUCUUCAUAUAAUCCAAUUGUUGACAGCAAUAGAUUGUUAGAUCCCAGUGAUCUCUUUGUAGUUUGUAUGGAGAUGCUUGAAAUAGGCCAGUUCUUCUGGCAUGAUUUGUAAAAAUUGUAUUCCCUUUCUAGACA